AUGACCCCUCCCAAUCCACCAAUAACCUUCACCACCCCGACGGCGCUCCUCCUCAUUGACAACCAAACCGCCUUCACGCAUCCAACCCACUGGGGCCCCUCACGGUCCAACCCGCUCUACGAGCCCAACAUCCAAUCCCUUCUGCUCGCCUUCCGCGUGGCGGCCGCAGCAGCAGCAGCAGCGCAGACGACGCCCACCACGACCACCACCAUGGAAGUCAUCCAUGUCUUCCACACCUCGACGGAGCCAGACUCGCCCUUCCACCCGGCGGCCCCGGUCAACGGGCGCGAGCCGCUCGACUUCGCCGUGCCCGCGCCGGACGGCUCAGAGCCCGUCUUCUGGAAAUGCGUCAACUCGAGCUUCAUCGGCACGGGGCUGGAGGCCCACCUGCGCGCGCGCGGGAUCCGCCAGCUGGUCGUGACGGGCUUGACCACCGAUCACUGUGUGUCGACGACCGUGCGCAUGGCGGCGAACCUCGGCGUGGUGGAUCGCGGUCGGGGUACCCACGAGGGCGGGGAGGAGGAUGGUCUUGUGCCCGUGGAUCAGCGCACGGGCGCGCAUGCAAUCCCACCGACGGCGGUUCCAGGGCGCAUCCUCUUGGUAGGCGAUGCGACGGCGACGUGGGCAAAGGGGGGCUUCGAUGCGGAGACGGUGCACGCGGUUUCGUUGGCGAGUCUGGAUGGCGAAUUCGCGGAGGUGGUAAGGACUGAGGAGGUAGUCAAAGCAUUGAGGAAGAUUAUAUAG